CUAAGCCUCACGCAUUAGUCCCACCCUAGCUAGUCAUAUUCUCUAAACAAAAAGCUAGCGCGAUGUCGAAGAACAUGAGCUACUACGACGUACCCGACGGGGUCGACAUCCGUGGCCGCUACUCCGACGAGUUCGCCCAAGUCCUCACUGCCGACGCGCUCCGGUUCGUCGCCGACCUCCAGAGGGAGUUUCGGGGGAGGAUCCGCUACGCGAUGGAGUGCCGCAGGGAGGCGAAGCGGAGGUACGACGCCGGCGGUCUGCCGGGGUUCGAUCCGGCGACGAAGUUCGUUAGGGAGGGGGAUUGGGUUUGUGCGCCUGUGCCCCCGGCGGUGGCGGAUCGGACGGUGGAGAUUACCGGGCCGGUGGAGAGGAAGAUGAUAAUCAAUGCGCUGAAUUCUGGUGCUAAAGUUUUCAUGGCAGAUUUUGAGGAUGCACUCUCCCCAAGCUGGGAAAACCUAAUGAAGGGCCAAGUGAACCUCCGAGACGCAGUAAACAGAACCAUAAGCUUCCAUGAUCAAGCCCGCAACAGAGUCUACAAGCUCAACGACAACACGGCCAAGCUCUUCGUCCGGCCAAGGGGCUGGCAUUUGCCCGAGGCCCACAUUCUCAUCGACGGCGAGCCUGCUACUGGAUGCCUUGUGGAUUUUGGGUUGUAUUUCUUUCAUAAUUAUGCUAAUUUUCGUGCUACUCAGGGGGGUGGUUAUGGGCCUUUCUUUUAUCUUCCGAAGAUGGAGCACUCAAGGGAAGCCAAAAUCUGGAACUGCGUAUUCGAGAGAGCAGAGAAAUUCGCAGGAAUCGAAAGAGGAAGCAUACGAGCAACAGUCCUAAUAGAAACUCUACCGGCAGUGUUUCAAAUGAACGAGAUAUUAUACGAGCUGAGAGACCAUUCAGUCGGACUCAACUGUGGCCGAUGGGAUUACAUUUUCAGUUAUGUCAAGACCUUUCAAGCUCACCGCGACCGGCUUCUGCCUGAUCGCGUUCAGGUUGGAAUGGGCCAGCACUUCAUGAAGAGUUACUCAGAUUUGCUCAUUCGGACUUGUCAUCGGAGGGGAGUUCAUGCUAUGGGAGGGAUGGCUGCUCAGAUACCGAUAAGGGACGAUCCGGCAGCAAACGCCGCCGCACUGGAGCUCGUCCGGAAGGACAAGCUCCGUGAAGUCCGUGCAGGCCAUGAUGGCACAUGGGCGGCCCACCCGGGCCUAAUCCCGACCAUCCUGGACGUCUUCACCUCCACCAUUCCCAACCUCCCCAACCAAAUUCACACCGCCAAACGUGAAGAUGCCGACUCCAUCACCUCCGACGACCUCAUCAGAAAACCCACCGGCACCCGUUCAAUCUCGGCCCUCCGUCUCAACACCCGCGUUGGGAUUCAGUACUUAGCCGCGUGGCUGACAGGUACGGGCUCAGUGCCACUGUAUAAUCUGAUGGAGGAUGCGGCGACAGCGGAGAUCAGCAGAGUGCAGAAUUGGCAAUGGAUUAAGCAUGGGGUUGAGCUUGAUGGGGAUGGAGUUGGAGUCAAGGUAACAAGGGAAUUAUUUGGGAGAGUGGUUGAAGAGGAGAUGGAGAGGGUUGCGAGAGAAGUCGGAAAAGAGAGGUUCGAGAGAGGGCGGUUUAGAGAAGCUUGCAGGAUUUUUGCGAGGCAGUGUGUGAGUGAGGAGCUUUACGAUUUCUUGACUCUUGAUGCUUAUAACAACAUUGUGGUGAUGCAUCCUAGAGCAUCAGCAAGGCUCUGAUGAGGUUCAAUGUUUUCAGCAAAUGUUGCUACGAAAUAAACUCCGGAUAGCUUGUGGAGUUUUAUUUGCUGUGAAGGAAAGAAUGUAAUAAUGUUGUGCUAAAGUUUUCAUACUACUCGCUGAAUUCUACUUUUAUAGUGCGUGUUAUUUAUCUUUGAUUUAGAGUUGGGUGUC